AUGCCACCCUCAUUCCCCAAAGGCCAUGGCUUCCUCGGCCGCGCCGACUCGAAGAAUCCCGCUACGACAUGCAAGGGCGUGACCUCCGCUGGCCGGCCGUGCCGCCGUGACAUCGCCGCCGCUAAGCCCUCCAAGAGCGGCGUGCUCGCAGUGACGUCUAUCAACGAAAAUGAGGGCGCCGCCGCCUACUUCUGCUGGCAGCACAAAGAUCAGGCCGACAAGCUGGUCGGAGGCGCACCCACCGGCCAGGGCGGCCUUGAAACACACAUUGAGGAGACGCACAUCGUGCCGCUCCAACAGCGCAACAGUGUCGACUCGCUCGUCGGCAGGCUGGGAAUACUGGACAUGAAUGGCAACUCCAAGCCAGGCAAGAAGCCUGGACAGGGCAUUCAGCGGCCGCCCACCUGGAACAAGGUCAAUGGCCCGCUGUUGUCUGUGCCGACGUCCGCCAUGAACGGUCCCAAGCCCUCCGGCACCUACCGGCUGCCGGUGCAAAAGAGCGCGCCCGGUUUCUGGGCGAGCCUGUGCUGUCUCUGCGUGGGCGGCGACGACGAAGAGUACGAGAUCGUGCGCCGCAGGCGGCAGAACGAAGCCGCCCAAAACCACUCUCCGGAGAUGAGCCAGUCGACCUCGCGGCCUCCGCAGGGCGUUGCCUCGUCCCCCAAGCCUCCAGCCCCAACUUCGGACCCGGCGAACCCCACCAGCCGGCUGCUGUCGUUCAUCCCCUCCAAAGUCUCGCCCCAGGUGGCCUCGCAGCUCAUGGCCGAGGCCUCGAAACCCAUCUCCGCCAAGGACGAGCCCGGCUUCAUAUACAUCUUCUGGCUGACCGAGACCACGGGCGGCGGCGGGCCCUCGGACAAGGACGCCUCGUCCCUGCUUUCGCCCGGCCGGCCCAGCGCCGGCAGCCGCAGCCCCAGCGACAUGCUGCGUCAGUACGGCGGCGGCAAUGGCGGGAAGGCCGGCAAGAAGGGCGGCGACAAGUCGCACGUGAUGCUCAAGAUUGGCCGCGCCAACAACGUGCACCGCCGCAUGAAAGAGUGGGAGACGCAGUGCGGCAAGACGCCGUCGCUCGUCCGGUUCUACCCCUACGUCCCCUCCCCGCGCGACUCGUCGCCCAACGACAAGAUCGUCGCGCCCAAGGGCGACGGCACCGACGCCAAGGGCGUGCGGAAGGUGCCCUUCGUGCACAAGGUCGAGCGCCUCAUCCAUAUCGAGAUUGCUGAGAAGCGUGUCCUCCGCACGUGCGACGUCUGUGGCCGUGAGCACAAGGAGUGGUUCGAGGUCGAGGCUACCAGGGAGGGCAUCGAGAAUAUCGAUGAGGUUGUCAAGAGGUGGGUGAAGUGGGCGGAGGAGCAGAAGGUGUAA